AUGACUUCGGAAGUCCUUCGCCAUCUCGUGAUGAAGCAGGAUCAUUUAUACAUUUUUGGGGAGUGGGUUGAGAGGAGUGUAGGCGGGAUUGAAGAUUUGGAGAUAAAGACACGGUUGAGGGAUGCGUGGGAGAGGUUUCUGGAGAGGUGUGAGAGUGGGAGGGCGGAUUUGGGGGGGCUUGGUUGGCGGAGGGGAGGGAGGGAGGUUAUGUUUAGUUUGGGGUGGAUUAGGGAUGGGGAUGGCGUUGCGGAGGGGGUUGCGAGGAGGUGGAUUCUUGAUUGUGAUGUAGGAGUGGUGGUGGUAUGCCACGAUUAUAAGAUUGUUUGGGCAAGAGACUUGCCUGUCGAUGCCGCGGCUAGGUAUCGUCUGGUGAAGGUAGAGUCAGAGUCAGACCGGCUUUAUUAUAGUCUUCUGGAAGACGAUAUUUUCCCGGGUAUGCUGUUCAUCAGGGCUCUUUCACCAGACUUUCAUCGGGAUGAUGAAGUCAUUUACAGCAGUGUGUCGAGAUGCAAUGCUGCGCAGAUCUUAUUGAUUACUCAAUCGUCGUUGAUCUACGAUGCGUCAAGACACGAACAAUUCAUUACUGUAUACAAAGUCACCAUUGCCCAGGUCGUCAUUGCGGUCGUUCUUUCGCGGCCAAGGCUUGAUCGCACAAUGGAGAACGCUGAUAAAAGUCUCUCAAGCUUGUCACUACACGCUGCCCAGUACCGACAGGGAGUCGUAACGACGCCAACGGAUAUCAUAAGCAAGAACGACGCGGCUGAUACGAGUGACAGUCAAGGCACCGACUGUCAUUUUAUCAUAUGCUGGCGGCUGUCUACGCACAGCGUCAGAUGGUUUGAUGCGGAAGCCGUAGCAUCAUCAGGGAACAGGAGGAUGAUACCAGAGGAAGACAUUUUACAAACAGGUGGUAGAAUCGAUCAUCAAAGACAGACGGUGACACAGUCUACUGUCCGUCGUUGCGUCGUUCGGUCCCAUCUGUACCGCUCUCGGCUCUUACUCCCUGGUAUCAUUCAUCGCUCGUCCAUGAGCCCUGCCACUUCAAGUCACAGCAUCAGUAAUAAGAUGAGAGUUCUCCUAACUUCUGCAGAACGCGUAUCGAGGAGGUCAUCACAUUACGGCGGGAGUGUUGGUUCGUGUCUCGAUCCACCCACUGACAAUGCUCGGUCGUUCUCAUCGAUUGUCUUGAUCAGGACUCGGAAUCCCGGAAGGCUGCGGCAAUCAAUGCUCAAUCAUACGGCACAGUUACAGUGGCCUCACUUUCAAGAAGUUUGCUCUUCCAAUCGCCCAGAUUGGGACCCAUUUCAGGAGCACUGUCCUUCUCCUUCAUCGAAUGAUAGAAUUGACUUCCUGCCUGUGAGAUCGCUUAACGCUGAUGGGUCCCAUGCUAUGCACACAUAUCUGCCGAGACAGCUGUGCCUGGUUCGAACUACUACUGGAGUGGUUCGCCAGUACAAGCCUAUUACCUUUCGAAAUACAAUACUUUCACAUCCUACCAUUGACCAGGCGGAGACUAUAGUUAGAGGUCUAGAACGUCGACUCGACUUCCUGCAAUUCGAAGCAGAAGCCGGUAUGGGAAGUGGACUGCCCAGGCAGCUCAUGCACGUGCGGGUCCGUGAUCAUUCACCUCGCCGACUCACGGAAAGUAGAGUUUCAAUAGCUCCAAAGAUAAGAGGGAGAAAUUUCGUCGUGUGCUGCCUAACUUUGCCUUCUGCCAUCGGCAAUCAUCGUCUUCAAUUGUCCCGCGUUAAUGAAAGCUGUCUCUCAAUCGGGCUGUCAACAAGUCUACCAACCUUGUCUCCUCUUCUUGUUGUGCUACUGACCAACUCUGAUCGCUGCGGGAGAUCAUGUCGUCGGGCCCUGGCUCUCCGUGUCCAGGUGUCUAGCAUGGCGGCUGGGAAGGGCGGAGAGCAUCCAUCCUUUCGACCAUACACCCUUUCGUUGGCGCGGAUCUAUACUUCUACGAAUUAA